UUGCACUCAUAUUUGGUGAGUUGUUUUUGUUUUGUGUUUGAUAUUCUGAUUUGUUUUUUAUUUUGAUUUUUGAUUUGUAUUUGUUAUAUAUUUUAGAUUUUUGAUUAUCUAUUUGUUCCUUUCAAUUUGUGUUUUUAAUUUAUGUGUUCAAAUUUGUAUUCAAUCAUGUAGUUUUUUAUUUACAGAUUAGUAUUCUUUCGAGCAAUGGCAUCAGAAUUUCAUCAUAGUUCGCCCUCAUCAUUGACGGAAUCAAAUUCUGUUGUGGAUAAUGAACAAUAUGCAAGUUGUUCUAAAUCAAAUGUGGCUGUUACUCCUGAAGUAAUUCCUAUAUUAAGUCCAGGGGGAAUGAGAGAAUGGAUUCCAUGUUGUUCUGAUGAGUUAAAACCUGUUGUAGGGAUGAAAUUUAUGAGUGUCGAAGAGGGUAUUUCAUUUUAUAAAGCAUAUUCAAAAGCUGCUAGUUUUGUGAUGAGGAAAUCUACUGCUACAAAAAGGAAGACACUAGACGUUAUUGCUUUUCAGUAUUGUUUAUGCAACAAGGCUGGUUUCAAAGAAAAAGCAAUAGUUAAGGUUGGAGGCAUGCCAAAUGUUAAAAAAGGGGAAGGUAAUGAAGAUAAAGUACCUAUACCUCGAAGAAGGCUAGUUACUCGUGUUGGUUGCAAGGCUCGGAUGGUUAUGAAGUAUAAAAAUGAAGGUUUUUAUGUGGUGACUGAAUUCCGAGAGCCACAUGUUCAUCCUCUUUACACCCCGGGUUGUCUAAAAUUUCAGAAAGCGGGUAGGAAAAUGAAUAUUCUUCAUAAGAAGAUGAUUAUUGAUAAUUCGAAGGUGAACAUUGGUCCGGUUAAGACUUUUAGAUUGAUGAAGGAGUUAGUUGGAUCAUAUGAUAACGUUGGUGCAUCCAAGCAAGAUUUCAAAAAAUUUCAUAGAGAUUUGAAGGCUUACAUUGAAGGAUCGGAUGCCCAAAUGUUUGUGAAUAACUUUCAGAACAAGAAGUUGUUAUGGAGUGCAUUUUUCUUUGACUAUGAGGUGGAUGAAGACGAGCAACGUAAAGCUUUUUGGGCAGAUCCUAUAUGUAGAAAGAAUUAUGCACUCUUUGGUGAUAUGGUUUCUUUUGACACCACAUUUCAAACAAAUAGGUAUAAUAUGAUAUUUGGCCCAUUUACUGGAGUUGAUCACCACAAGAAGUGUGUUAUUUUUGGUGCUGCUUUAAUAGCCCAUGAGGACAUCGUGUCUUUUGAGUGGGUUUUUAGAACUUUCCUCAAGGCAAUGGGAGGUAAUGAGCCAGCUUGUUUGAUUACGGAUGAAGAUCCGGCAAUGAAAUUAGCUAUUCCUAAAGUGUUUCAGACUGCCGAGCAUAGGUUUUGUAUGUGGCAUAUAAUGAAAAAAAUGCCUGAGAAAGUCGGCCGUCAGAUUAAGCAAGAGACUGAGUUUCUUAAUAAAAUUUGCAAAUGUGUUUGGAGUGAAGAGAUUGAGCCAACAGAAUUUGAAGAGAAAUGGGGAAAGGUUCUUGCCGAGUUCAAGCUUCAAGACCAUGAGUGGUUGAAGCAGUUGUAUGAGAAGCGUCAAAUGUGGGUCCCAGCAUACUUUAGAGAUUCAUUUCUAUGUGGUAUCAUGAGGACUACAUCAAGGUCAGAGAGUGAGAACAAUUUUUAUACAAAGUUUACCAAUCCCCAUCUCACUCUAGUAGAGUUUUACAUGAUAUUUGAGAGUGCAUUGGAUGCUCAAAGACAUACUCAAGGUCAAUUUGACAAUGAUUCUAAACACAAGCAUCCAGAAUGUAAGACUUCCUUUGCAUUAGAGAAACAUGCUUCUAAAAUCUACACUGUUUCAGUCUUUUAUGAUUUUCAAGAGGAGCUCGAGAUUGGUUGCUUUCAAUGUGGACUUGAGGAGUACAAGAAAGAAAAUGGGUUUGAAAUCUUUACCAUUAGAGAAGGAUGUAGAAUAAGAAAGUUCGAUGUUAGUUUUAACCCGGCUAACCUAGAUAGUAAGUGUAUGUGCAAGAUGUUUGAGAGGUUAGAGAUUCCUUGUAGGCACAUGGUUUGGGUGUGGAAGGCAAAGAUGAUUGAGUAUAUUCCUGAUGCUUAUGUGCUAAAUAGGUGGACUAGUUUGGCAACUAAAACGUCAAUUUUUGAUUUAAAAGGAAAUAUCUUGGAGGCAUGUGUUAACUUUGUUGAUUGUAAAAGAAUGUUAAAUGAGUUAUGGUCAGAAAUGCACACAUGUGUGAGUUUGGCUCAGGGUAAUGAAGAAGAUCUUACUGAUCUUGUGAAGAAUUAAAAAGGUUUAAGGUUAAACUUGGAAGCUAAGAAGAGUUCUAACAAUCAUAAAAACAAUGGUUCUCCUAGCAAAGCAACAGACAUCGAGCUACUGAUUGGAGCUACCCUUCCUACUGAAAUUGUGGUUAAGCCGCCUAAAAUUUCAAAGAACAAAGGCACGGGGGUUCAUGUUCCAGGUACAGGUAGUGACAAACGAUUGAAAGGUGACAAGGAAAAGGCAAUUGAGCAAAGCCAAAAGAAGAAAAGGUUAUGUAGAGGUUGUGGAGAGCUUGGUUACCAUGAUAUCCGGAUUUGCCCACAUAAAGUGAAAGAAAAUUGUAAGUUAUAAGUUUUUAUAACAUGGUUUGGAUGUAAAAAGUUCUAUUACCUUGAUGUUCUGAAUAAAUUAUCAUAUGUUCUAAUUAAUA